UACGCCCAAGAUGCCAAGGCUGCCAUGGACAGGGAGGUGCUGGACGGAUGCUAGCUGAGGGUGCAGGUGGCGCACUAUGGCCGCCGCUGGGACGAGGCGCUGGGACCUGCCCCGCAGCCGCCAGGGAGUGCCACGUGGCAGGUCCGCGGGAUACACACCCUACUUGUCAACGCACCCUACUUGUACUUUGGCACAUGGAAGACCACGGAGGGCGGCGGCUACGGACGGCGCAGCUGCAGCUCUAGGGGGCGACACCGCAGCCGCAGCUCUAGGGGGCGACACCGCAGCCGCAGCUCUAGGGGGCGACACCGCAGCCGAUCCCGAGGUCCCAGCUGCUCCACGUCCAGCAGUCUCUGCUUACAGACGAUCUCGCUACAGCCGAUCUGCCUACAGCUGCAUAGCAGUUGAGUAAUGCUGGUUAGCUGUUAAGGUGGCCUGUUGCAGUGCAGAGUACGGCUCUGUUUCCUGUUUUCUUCUGAGUGUUCCUGGGGAAAGACGCCCAGUCCUGAAGAACAAAUGGCUGUCCAGUUAAAUGCCUGACAACCUUGCAGGUGUAUUGUUUUGACUUCCUAGAGGAGAGGCCCACGUACAGUGGAGUUAGCCACUACUGCACCCAAGCCUGAGAAUCAGGAGAAGUCUCACAGAGACACCCUCAGCUGAGGAAACUCACAGGGCUACAGGUGAAGCUGGGACUUACUCUACUUCUUUGGGCAAAAAUAUACUGACUAGAGUGGAGUCCCCCUGGUGAGUUAGAAAGCCAGUGAAAGGUCUCACUUGUUCAAAUUUCAAUUCUGAUUUACUGCCUCACAGAUAAACCAAAUCAUUUUGAAAAACAAAGGGGAGAAAAGAAAGCAUUCCCCAGCACUCUCAGGUAUCUAGAAGACGCCUAAGAAGUUGGGAGUCAGCUGUUUCUUGUGUGCAGCCAUGAAGUCUGUGCACUCUGUUCCCCAGAACACAGUUUGUAGCAUCAUGACUUUUUACCCAACCAUGGAAGAAUUUACAGAUUUCAACAAAUAUGUUGCUCACAUGGAGUCCCAAGGCGCACACCAAGCUGGCCUCGCCAAGGUAAUUCCACCCAAGGAAUGGAAAGCCAGAAAGACUUACGAUGGUAUUGAAGACAUCUUGGUCGCCACUCCCCUCCAGCAGGUGACCUCUGGGCAGGGAGGUGUGUUUACUCAAUACCAUAAAAAGAAGAAAGCCAUGACAGUCGGGAAUUAUCGCCAUUUGGCAAACAGUAAGAAAUAUCAGACUCCACCACACCGGAAUUUCGACGAUCUGGAGCAACAAUACUGGAAGAGCCACCCCGGUGAUUCACCAAUUUAUGGUGCUGAUAUUAGUGGCUCCUUAUUUGAAGAAAACACUACACAGUGGAACCUAGGACACCUGGGAACAAUUCUGGACCUGUUGGAGCAGGAAUGUGGGGUGGUCAUCGAGGGCGUCAACACCCCCUACCUGUACUUUGGCAUGUGGAAGACCACAUUUGCUUGGCACACGGAGGACAUGGACCUUUACAGCAUCAACUACCUGCACUUUGGGGAGCCCAAAACGUGGUACGCAGUGCCCCCAGAACAUAGCCAGCGCCUGGAAUGCCUGGCCAGCGAGCUUUUCCCAACAAUUUCCCAGGGCUGUGAGGCCUUCCUGCGGCACAAGGUGGCCCUCAUCUCUCCUACAGUUCUCAAAGAGAACGAGAUUCCCUUCAGUUGCAUGACUCAGGAGGCUGGGGAGUUCAUUGUGACCUUUCCCUAUGGCUAUCAUGCGGGCUUCAACCAUGGCUUCAACUGUGCAGAGGCCAUCAAUUUUGCCACUCCACGAUGGAUUGAUUAUGGCAAAGUGGCUUCACAGUGUAGCUGUGGGGAGGCGAGGGUGACCUUUUCCAUGGACGCCUUCGUGCGUAUCCUGCAACCAGAGAGCUACGAGCUCUGGAAACACAGGCAAGACUUGGCCAUUGCAGAUAACACAGAGCACAGCGUUGCAGAAAGCCAAGAGCUGAGCAGCUGGAGAGAUGACAUAGUACUUAGGAGAGCUGCUCUGGGCCUGAGGUUACUCCCAAACCUCACGGCCAGGUGUCCCACACAGCCUGUGUCCCCAGGGCACCAUUACAACCCAAAAGGCCAUGGCACUGAUGCUGUGCCUGGAUCCACAUUCCAAAGCUCUGCAUAUUAUACCCAGACCCAGUCACUUACCCUGGGGACAUCAGCCCAGGUUCUUCUCCCUUACACUGGAAGACAGGGUUCUUGUGGUUGUGGUCGUCAUCCUCGAGAAAUGGAGGCUGAGGAGACAACUGUCCAGUCUGCAGCCAAGAGGUGCCUUUCAGUGGGUGCAGGGAGCAAAGCUCGAAGCCGCAAGCCUCGGCUCCAGCUUGCUGAUGAAGAUUUGAUCAGACGUGCCUCUUUGAGUGGGGGCCUUCAGCAUCUUGUCAAGGCUUCUGGCUGUUGCUCUGUCCCUGAUCUUCAACUCCUGGGGCCCCCACUAGAUCCUAAUGGACCCAUGCACCCUGGCCCGUGCCUGCUAUCCCUCAAUAGCACUUCUAGUAAUUUCCCCGAUGUUGUCUGCAUGACUCCUCCCAAUGUCAUUGUGCCUUUGAUUAAGUUGUCCAGGGACACUAGUGGGGACUGGAAAUCUCUGGUGAACAUGGCCACGGUUGCAGCAAUGGACCACACUUAUGCCUCUAGGGUUCUGGCCCCAACUAAGUUUUCCAGAAUUUCUUGGGCCCCUGACUCAUCUGCUGGGGCUAAAGCCAGAGAGAGAUACAUCGCUGAAUUUGGGGAUAUUUUUCUCCAAUACAUGAUCAAUCUUCUGGACCCAUGCCUAUUAAAUAUCAUGCCAAAUGUCAGUGUCUCUCUUAUCCCAACCCCAGGAAUCAGAGAAGACUCCCGUUCAGCCCAAUUGUGAAAACUUGUUACCUCCAAUUACUGACACAUUUCCAAGGCCCCCAGAUACUGUCUCCUACUGCGAAAACCAGGGCUCCCAGGGGCCACUGAAGUCCCCUCCCCAAAGGUUGCCAUAGGUUCUUGUAGUACCUCUCAGGGACUCAGUCUACUCCUAAUCAUUGUGCCUGUGACCUUCACCAUGGCCCAGAUGCCAUGGGCAGCACUUGUUUCUGAUUUUCCCCUUAGGAUACCACCCUUACAGUGCUGUGGGUCCAGAUCCCAUGGUAAUUUGGGCCCACAAUUGGAUGAUGCUGAGAAUCUGAGCCUCUCACUUUUACCUCAUCUGGUUCUCUAUGCCUCUGACUCUGGAUUCCACUGGGUGUUGUCUCUGACUGUCGAUUUCACCGGACAUUGCUACAGCCCCAGUGAGGUUCAGGGCUUCUCUUCAACAGCAACAUGACCUUUACCCCAGGCCACCAUCCACUGUUCAUGCACAAAUGGCACCUUUAGACCAACUGAGUCACUUAGCCACUUAUGGCUUCAGAGAUACUUUGUAACUGUAUUGAUGUUUAUUAAGUUUGCUGUCUCGAAUGUAUAUCUGCAAAGAAAAUAAAACUCUUAGUACAUGUUCCUAAAAUUAGAAUAAAUAAAAUAGAUAUAUCAAAAAGAAAGUGAUUUAGAAGAGCGAUUGACAUAAAAGAAUGGGGAAACUAUACCAAGCAAAGAACAAACAUAAAAGUAGAUCUUAAUAUAUGGCAAACCUGUGUUGAGACCAGAGGUACAUAGCAUGGAUCUUUACAAUGCAGAAUAUGAAAUUUCACAAUGAAAUUAUAGCGGGCUUGACUAUUCAAGGAAAUUUGGCAAAGUAAAAAUUAUAGUACAUAAAAGACAAGGGUAGAGAAAGGGAUUAAAAAUAGGAACAUUUAAGUCACCAGUAUGGUUUGGAUAUGUGUUCCUGCCCAAAUCUCAUGUGGAAUUUUAAUCUCUAAUGUUGGAGGUGGGGCCUAGAGGGAGAUGACUGCAUCACGGGGGUGGUUUGUCAUGAAUGAUUUAGCACUAUCCCCACAGUGCUGCUCUUGUGAUAGAGUUCUAGGAGGAUCUGUUUGUUUAAAAGUGUGUACCACCUUCCCCUUCUCUCUUCCUCCUGCCCCAGCUAUAUAUGAUGUGCCUGCUUCCCCUUUCACCAUAAUUGUAAAUUUCCUGAGACUUCCCCAGAAGCAGAAGCU